GCAGGUUUAGGAGGAGGAGGAGGAGGUGGAGGAAUCGUGGGCAUGGCUUCUGAAGCCCUGGCCUCCAUCAUGUCUGGUCGCAGCACCUCCCCUUGGCUCGUGCGCCGCACCAGUCCGGCCAACUCUUCUGGGGACUCAGCCAUCGCCAGCUGCCACGAGGGAGGAAGCACGUAUGGCAAGGAGGACCAAGAACCCCCUAAGAGCCAUGAGAGCCAGGAGGAAGCCUGCCACGACUCCCAGCCCGCCUGGCCACACGACUACAGGCCUGUCACCGUCAAAGAGGAACAGGUGUCCCCCGCCUCCUCCUCACAUCCCCGGGACACUCCUAGAGGGGCCGCUCAGAGCCAGGGGGAGGCUGGGGCUGGAGGGGCUGCUGGAGGAGCUGGAGAGGGGUCCUGGCAACCCCUCUCAGGGUCAGGGCGCAGGAAGAACAGGAAGAACAAGGACACUGUCAGGCACAUUACCCAGCAGGCUGAGAGGAACUGGGACAGAGAGCGGGACAGGGAGAGGGAACGGGACAGUAGGCCUGGGUCUCCCCUGCCCUCCAUGCUGGCUGUGGCCGGAUGGAACUACAACGGACAGGAAAUCCCAGGGGCAGACGUGACCGAACCCAACAGCUCAGACAGCCGUGGCGAACGCCUCGACUUCUUCCUCAAACAGGAAGAGCCUCUCACCACAGAGCCCAGCUACCUGGGUCCCCACGAAUCAGAGGAGCCCGGUGGAGGAGGCGGGGGCGGAACAAUGUCGUCUGUAGCCAAUCUGAAGGCAGCGCUGAUGAGUAAGAACAGCCUGUUGUCUCUGCGGGCUGAGAUGAUGGGAGAUGAUAACCCCUUACUGUUCGAGUACCUGCCCAAAGGAGCACACUCCCUGUCUUGGCUCCGCUCCAACAACUACUGCAGCACGCUCCGGCCAGGGGCCAUGGGGGCCACUAUUCAUAACAAACAGGGGGCUGGCUCCUCUCCUCCUCCUACUCUUCCUCUUCUUCCUACUCAUCUUCCACCAUCACCACCACUACCGCCGUCAUCAUCAACUCACUACCCACCCACUCCACCCACGCCACUGCAACCCUCUGAGCCUCGGCCCCUGGAGGCCCCCGGGCAGCGGGCUGGGGCACCCCCGCUGCACUCAGAAGGGUUGGACAUGGAAGUGGAGGAGGCCCCCAAGGGCCCGGAGCCCUACACACUGCCUGAGGAGGGUGUUAAAGACAAAGAAGACAUGCAACAGUUCAGCACAGCCUUGGAAGGUGACCAGUCUCCGGUGGAGAGGGAUCAGAUGGGCGGUGAGAGCUGUGCUGGGGGGUUGACUGUUCCUGCAUCAGUAACCGUGGCUGCCAGAGGGACUAAAGGGCUGACGGUGCUGGGCGGAGAGGCUGGGUCAGGGAAAAUGGGCCUGCCAGAGCCCGGUGCCUGGCCCUCUCAGGGGUUCGCCUGCUCCCUGUGCAAACGGCUGUGCAGCAGCCUGGAGCAUCUGAGGGAACACGAGUACCGCCACACCCUGUCUCUGAUGGCCUUGUCUCUGGACUGGCCAAACAUGCAGGGUCCGCACCACCAACCGACACAGCUCCGUCACCAUCCACAAUCCCAGCCUCUUCACUUCUUCCAGUCUCUCUGCCGCCCCACAGUGGCCGAGCCCACGUCGGCCCGCUACCUUUGCUCCCAGUGCCCCGCAAGCUUCACCCUCAAAUCAAAUGCAGACAGACACGAGAAGACCAUCCACUUCAAGAAGAAGCUGAUGCAGUGUGUUUACUGUAUGAAACACUUCAGAGACCGCACCGACCUGCACAGGCAUCUGUCCUCCGUGCACUCCAAAGAAAGAGGGCACACCUGCCCAGCCUGUGCCAAGGCUUUUAGCACCCAGAAAAACCUGGCGACACAUGUUAAAGUGUGCUGCCAGAUGGGGUCAAUGCCAGGAGCUCUGCUGGGAGGCAGCACUGGGAUGGAAAUGACUCAGGGUGGGGUUAUAGAUUCCCUGUGGAGGUUUUCUCAUGAGAGGAAAGUUGACAAUCAUGAUCCCUGUAUCAAUGUGGAAAAUUGAGGCAGACUUUGUGCACUCAUUUAUACCCAUCAGUUAGCAGCGUAUCCUCACGUGUUUACGUUCAGGCCAAGAUGCUCUGUGGCGCAAUUGCACUAAGAAAGAAAACGUGAACACAUCAUCUUAGGGACACCUUUUUUAAAUUGUGUUUCUUUUGUUAAAUAUUGUUUAUAUAUGUCAAUAUUUUUUUAACUAGAAUCAAGAGCUUACGUCAACAAUGGACAAUUGGUAUGCAAAGCUGAGCUGUUUAAUGAACUGACAGUUUCUUAGUUAUCUUUGGGUUUUUGAAAGGUUUCAGUUUUCACUGAUUGGACAAAAACAGGUGAAUAACCUUUGGUUGCGUUGCCGAGUGGGUCGAGGGGGGUGGGGUCUUUCCGUCUCACCAACCUAAAGCACUUGUCUGGCUCUCUGUCGCCAGUCACCAGUCUGACUAAACUCUUCUCUCCUUUUUAGGCAGAGAGAUCUUUAUCUGUGUGUCCACCCCUGCACUAUGGGCACAAAGACACUCAGGCUUUACUUUGGCUCACAACCCACACAACCACACCACCUGCAGGAACUUUGUACAAUUGCAGCAUGAGAGCAGAAUAAAGACACAAAUUAGAUUAUGUCCAAGGCCAGUGAAAUGGCUUGAAACGAAAUGGAUGGUGGUUACUUUUCUUCAAACUGAAACUCAAAGAAAAAAAACACGAAGUCAUUGCAUCACCAUCCCCACUGGACACGUAGAGUCUCGUUUUCAGUUAUCCCUCUGACAUGAUUACCUUCAGUCAUUGCUGUCAGAUAGGUGCAGAUGGAGGGGGUGUUCCCAACGAGACAAAGCGCGCUAAAACAAUAAAGCAGUAGCAUCUCAGAUGGGGGUUGGGAGGUGUCAUUUUCUCUCUCUCUGUCCUUCUCCUCCGUCCCAUAUCUGUAAGUCCUCUGUUGGCCAGAGCUGGACAGUAAUUGGUCCUUCAUGGCUCUGUCCCCUCUUGACCCCUGACCUCUUCAUCUGAAGAGGAAGUAGGGUCAGAGGGGCAGAUGCGCCUUAAACCAGAUGAGCGUCGUGAUGCCACUGCUGCGGACAGAUAAUGGUUUGGUUGUGAGACAAAUGGGUUAAACGCAGGAGAGGAAUAUACUGUCGAUGGUGAAGACAGUAACGCAGAGGGUGUUAUAGAGCUGCAGGAUAUUGGAAUCAGCAUGAACACUGGCUUCAAAAUCAUCGCUAAUGUAAAUUCACACCAAUUUCUGCCAAAAUGUUCUCAGCAGGCCUGUAACUAUAAACCAAUAUAUUUCCCUGAUACCAAAUGAUAACGCUCUUUUGUGAGUAUCCAAAUGGAAGACAUCCACCUGUGUGUCCUUCUAAUAGUACACAGUCGCUCCAACACAUAGGACUAUUUCUGUGGGCUCAGUAAAGGAAGAAAAGGUGGGGAAUAUGCUGUUGUGUAAACAUACACACAAAGUACUCCCAAAUGCCAAAUCCUUUCUGAUAUGACACCCCAGGUAGGGUGUCCUAGCCAGCAGAAACCGACUGGCAGGCUCAGAGAAGUCAGGAACUGAUCAGGAACUCUGCAGAGACAGCCAGUCAGAAGACAUGGCAAAUACUGUGUGGCUCGUUCUGUAAAUGUGUUGUAAAUACUGAAAGGUAUUUUUACUCCAGAUUAUACUUUAUUUUCCUUGGGAAAAACACAUUUUGUACAGAGAUAGGACAUUUUUAAUAAUCCUGCUUGUAGUUUUGAUGCUGUAAUUAAACUGUGAUGCAAAAUGAAAUGAAAA